UGUUGAUCGCCUGACAACACUCGUGCCACACGCGUAAACGCACCGCAAAUCCACGAUGACACCCCAGAUACCGCAGGGUCAGAGGGCUUGUGCGGGGGUGUAAGUGCUGCUCACAGACCCGCAGGCGGUGUGCGGUCAUUUGCGUGAGAGGAGCGCAUCUCUCCUGCGGCGCACGGACGCUGGAUCUCCGCUGCAGCUCCACACUGAGGCUUCCACGCACGGCGGGUUGACAUCAGUCUUUUGGGAUGGAGAGCACAGGCAGUGGCUGGGCAGCUGAGCUCACCCCUCCAUGUGUGAUGCAUGAGGUCAGCGGUAACGACACAGGUCAGGUCUUCGAGGUGGCGCUGCAGAAUGGCUCGUCUAGCCGCAGCCCACAGUUUGUCGGCGUGGAGUUGCUGCAGUCCUUCAAGCUGCUCAUCAUCCCCUGCUACACCCUGGUGGCUCUGGUGGGCGUCUUUGGCAACUACCUGCUCCUCUAUGUCAUCUGCCGCACCCGCAAGAUGCACAAUGUCACCAACUUCUUCAUCGGUAACCUGGCCUUCUCCGACAUGCUGAUGUGUGCCACGUGUGUCCCCUUCACACUGGCCUAUGCCUUCAACCCACGCGGCUGGGUUUUUGGCCGCUUCAUGUGCUACCUGGUGUACCUCAUCCAGCCUGUGACGGUGUAUGUGUCGGUCUUCACUCUCACUGCUAUUGGCGUGGACAGAUACUAUGCCACAGUUCAUCCACUGAAAAAGCGCAUCUCGGUCUUGGGGUGCACCUACAUUCUGUCCGGGAUCUGGCUGCUGUCCUGCGGUCUGGUGGCUCCAGCGGUGGCUCACACCUACCACGUGGAGUUUAAAAAUGAAGGCUUCACCAUUUGCGAGGAGUUCUGGAUGGGCCAGGAGAGGGAGCGGCUGGCGUACGCGUACAGCACCCUCUUCAUCACUUACGUCCUGCCUCUGUCUGCGCUCUGUAUCUCCUACCUGUGCAUCUCUGUCAAACUGAGGAACUGUGUCGUACCCGGCCACCGCACCCAGAGCCAGGCGGAGGCGCAGCGCAUGCGCAAGCGAAAGACCUUCCGGCUGGUGAGCCUGGUGGUGGCGGCCUUUGGCUUCUGCUGGAUGCCCAUCAGUGUGUUCAACGUGCUGCGCGACAUCGACAUCGACCUGAUCGAUAAGCGCUACUUCCUGCUCAUUCAACUGCUCUGUCACCUGUGUGCGAUGAGCUCGUCCUGCUGUAACCCGUUCCUCUACGCCUGGCUGCAUGAUCGCUUCCGCGCCGAGCUCCGCAAAAUGUUCACAUGUCGCCGCCGCAUCGGCAUCUCGGCCAACAACUGCGCCACAGCCAGUGUGGUGUUGUGAAGCUCCUGGGUUAUAGGCUACUGUUGGUUAGUUCUUGAUUAUACUCAUCAAUCAGGUUAGCAGAAUUACCUUAAAAACAUCAGUCCCAUGUCUUUAAUGUAAUCAAGCUAUUAUCGAAGGUGUCCCAUAGUUAGCCACUCGGGAUAGGCUCAGCCCGCCUAAAUGUGUAAUUAACCAUCGUCAUGGUCAGAAAAGUCAUGCAUGGACUUGCAUAUGAAAGAAUCCAAGUGUUAGUUAAGUCAAAUAAGUCUCACGUCUCUUAUAAACAGAUAAAGUUCAAAGUAACAGGAAACUCCUGCUACUGAUACUGUGACCUAGUGAGAAGGUGAACAAAGUGAACAAGUUGGCCUGCAGUCUUAACACAGGGAGUGCUCAGGUGAACUUCAUCAAAUAAACAAGGUGUGACCAACAGCGAACAGCCAAUGAGUGAUAAAGAAAGGAGAGGGAAGGAAGUGAGGUAGAAGAAGAUAGGUGAGGAGACUGUGAGAAUAAUUGUACGAACUCUGUGAGAAGUACAAAAAAUGCUCACUGCACACUCCUUGUUCUCGUCGUGUUCAGGCACAGACACACAGACCUGUGGACUGUGCCCUUUCUGUUGUUGAUGGGGGUUAAUGUCUCAGAUUACACACACAAACUCAGCCCAGUCGCCAGAAUGAAACGUUUUUCAGUAAACAUCAUCUGCAAACCACUAUUUGUAUGUGUCAUAGGCUAUGUACCAUAUUGACAUUUCUACAGAUGUUCAACUUACAACACGUUCACUUUGGAAGGUAGAGGGGAUGGUGGCUGUAGAUUCUACUUCUGUAAGAGUGAAACAGGAUAUUUGGAUGUUUUUUGGGAGUCCUGAAGGCAUCUCCAGCUGUGUUUGCAGCAACCAAAACAGGUUUAUUAAACCAAAAACUUUAUUUUUUUUCUAACCCUAACCAAGUGACUUUUGUGCCUAAACCUGACCAUAUCAUAAGCACAGCCUCGUCCCAAGAUAGAUUUACAAAUUGGACACUAACAGAUGUAAAGUUGCACAUGUGCCUGGCUUGCAGAGACGUACGUUGUCAUCAUUUUUCCUUGCAAUUGGAUUGUGCACAGUGCGAGGAUUAGAAGAGAUACGGUAUACUGUAUGUUCUAAAUGUUCGUUUAACUUUGAGUUUUUAUUCAUUUUGCUUAUGUAUGUCAGGGAUCAUGUACAAGAACAGAUUUCGCUAGCCUGCUAUGAAUUUCCAUCAGCAGUCCAUUUGCUAAACCCUAGUUUAUUCAUGAAGGGAGAAGGACAAACUGAGGAGAACGAUCGGUCUGCCAUACACCUUACCGAUAAUGACAACCCUCAAUGCCAGCCUUGGCUAACUGUGAUUUUGCCAUAUCUGGCCUAGGAUUCACUUGAGGGACAUCACUUGAGGUAAUUUAUCAGAUUUUGUGAAACUCCCUCUGGAGUCAUAAAACCUUGUAAGCUCCUUUGUUGUGUGAAAUCCUCAAAUCAAAUUAAAUAGCCUGCCUGCCUUUUGCAAAGAUUAAACUCAUCUAUUCAGGCAAUGUCUCUUUCACAUGAGGGCAGUUUGUGACUUUUUGAAUUCAAGGAUAAGACCUCAAGGAUUAGAAAAGUUUUUUGUGACUGUCAGCACAUCGCAUGAAAAAGACCUCGAUUAUCAGAAUGAUAAUCCAUGUCACUGCUGUCAGACUUCACCUGCCUGUGUGGCUCUUAGCACCAAACCAAUUCAUUCCUAGAUAAAGCAUAAAACUUCAAAAGAAUAUAUACAUAUAUAUUUAUUUUUUUUGUGAAGGCUUGAUCAUUUCCUCAAACUGUAUUUUUUUUGCCAAACAUUUACUCAAGCAAACAGUAUAUAGUGAAUUUGUGGGGCACUGAAAAUAAAGCUGCUGUGAUAGCAAAUGCUUGAAUUGUCACUGUGAUAUGCAGCUUGUUUA